AUGGCCGGUAUAGAUGGCAUCCUGAAUCAAGGGAUGGCCAAGAAGUAUAUCUACAUGAUCUACCCGGACGACACUUCACUUGCCGACUCGGAUGACUUCAACCGUAACUGGAAAAAGGAAUGCGAUCAUGAAGUGGGUGUAUUGCGGAAAGUGCGCAUUUGUUUACGUCUCUUGUGCCUAGCUUGGAACUUUCGAGGCGAUCCCUUAAGAAGGAAACUCGGAAAGGACGCUAUCAAACACGUGGCGAGAUCUAUUGUUGAAAUAUCUUUCCACGCGUUACCAGAGUUUGACACCAAGACAACGGCCAUUGAAAGUCCAACGAGCUCAAGGCUGGAUAAUCGCGCAUAUAACAAUAUAAGGGACGAAAACGUUGUUAUAAGAGCUCUGCUCCCUGAUAUUCAGCAUCCUAAGCAUGAAACCACACCUAUCUUCAAGCUAGUUGAUUUCGGCUCGUUAACAUAUAUUGAGACAGGUCAAGAAACUGUUAUAUUGAGUGAUGAGCCGGAGGUUUCAUUUACAGCUGACGGCAUCGAACUGUGCACUGAGAAGAAGGCUCUGAUAAGAAAGAAUGUCGACGGACAACUAAUCGACUUAGUAUGCUGGUGUCUCGCUAAGAAUCCGUCGUAUAAGCCGGAGGACGACAAUGUCUUUACAGCGGAUGAGACGAUCAAAGCCCGAAUGAUUAGGCUCCUGGUCAACGCUGGUAUUGCGCCCCAUGCGCUCAUCAAAAUCCGGCCUUGGCUCUCAUUUAGCUCACCGGGUUGA